AGGGCCCUCGGAACCAAAGCGCUAGAGCCCGCCCCGCGGGACUGCGUUUCCCGAGCACCGGGGGCGCGGCCUGGCCGGCGGGGCGGGCCGCGGGGAGCGGUGGGGCGGCUGCGGGCGAAGCGGGGCGGCGGGCGCGGGCGCGGACCAUGCUGAGGGGAGCGUGCGGCCGGCUUGCCUCGUCGCUGCGGGGGACGCGCGCGCCGCCGGCCGCAACCGCCCAGAGGCGGCUGCACGCGUCCGGGGCGCGGCCGUUGGCAGACAAAAGCGAGGACCCGGAGGGGCCGGCCCGCGCCUUCGACCCGGCGCUGCUGGAGUUCCUGGUGUGCCCGCUCUCCAAGAAGCCGCUCCGGUAUGAAGCAUCAACAAAUGAAUUGAUUAACGAAGAGUUGGGAAUAGCCUAUCCAAUUAUUGAUGGGAUUCCUAAUAUGAUACCGCAGGCAGCUCGGAUGACACGUCCGAAUAAGAAGCAAGAAGAGAUGGAGCAGCACUAGAUCAUAAUUAAAAACAAAACAACGAAACACACACCAACUCAAUUUUCUUACCACCAUCUAGGUUUUAACAAGUCAGCGUGGCGGGUUCGUUUACUAAGUGGGGGAGAAGAUGUUUCUCUCUCUUCCUACAUUGACUGUCCUUAUUCCCCUGGUCUCUUUAGCAGGCCUGUUGUACUCGGCCUCUGUGGAAGAAAACUUCCCACAGGGCUGCACUAGCACCUCCAGCCUGUGCUUCUACAGUCUGCUCUUGCCCGUCACCAUCCCAG